AUGGGAAAAGUGGAGAAAACCCGGAAAUUCCAGCACUUCCUGCAGGAUGGGAAGGUCAGGUACAUGGCCAUCAUCCACCCGCUCCGGCCGCGCCUCUCGGCCGCGGCCACCAAGGUCCUGGUGGGGCUGAUCUGGCUCCUGGCGCUCCUGCUGGCUUUCCCACAGGGAUAUUUCUCCGUCACCGCCGAGCUGCCGGGACGCCUCGUCUGCCUCGUGGAGUGGCCGGAGCCCGGAGGAGCCGCGUCCGGAAAAGCGUACCAUUUCUCCAUGACCGUCCUGCUGUACCUGCUGCCGCUGCUGGUGAUCGGCUGCGCCUACGCCGCCGUCGGCCGCACGCUCUGGGCCAGCGCCAUCCCCGGAGACUCCUCCGACCGCUACCACGAGCAGGUGACGGCCAAGAGGAAGGUGGUGAAGAUGAUGAUCAUCGUGGUGUGCACCUUCGCGCUCUGCUGGCUGCCCUACCACGUGUACUUCACGCUGCAGUACCUGCGGCCCGAGUGGUACCUGCGCCGCUCCAUCCAGCAGGUCUACCUGGCCGUCAUGUGGCUGGCCAUGAGCUCCACCAUGUACAACCCCAUCAUCUACUGCUGCCUCAACGACAGGUUCCGGGUGGGAUUCAAGCACGCGUUCCGCUGGUGCCCGUGGGUCAGCGCCGGCGAGUACGAGGGGCUGGAGCUGCGCUCGGCGCGCUUCCUGCACACGCACAGCUCCGUGUCCAAGCUCAGCCGCAUGGACACCACCACCGUGGCCUCGGCGCUCGGCGCGGCCGACGAGGAGCUGGACGAGCCCGGCCGGGCCGAGCGGCUCUCCCUGGACAUGACCUCCAACGGCUCCUCCCGCAGCGACUCCAAGACAGUGUCCGAGAGCUUCAGCUUCUACUCCAACACCCCCACCUAGGGGUGUCCCCUCGGUGUCACCGCCCUGCUUGUGCCGUGCCGGCCUUUCCUGUGCUGUUUUCCCGUCUCUUUUCCUUGGGAUGAGUUCUGCGUGUUCCAUCGUGGGGCUGGACACCAGGAAUGUUUCCCCAGCUGCCUACUUGGAGCUGGAGGGGAUGCAGGAACGGGACAGAGCGGGGUUUUUCUCUGGAAUUCCAACACUGGCCAGUGCUCCCGUGCUCUCUGUGAGGCAGGAGGGAUAUCUCGGUGCAUACCACCCCUUGGAAAACAAUCCCACCCUGCACUUCCCUCCUCCCAUCCUUCCCCAUUGGAUAUCCAGGGCGAUCUUGAAUCCCAAAAAGGCUUUUUCCAGCUCCACAGGGACUCAUCAGCGCAGACCCAAGACUUCCCACACGGCCUUGGAUUGUCUCUGGCAUCCAUAUCCUGCUGCUCCACGGUCUCCUCCUGCUGCUCCAAAUCCGUUUUUCAGAGCAGAGAUUCCCAAAGGAUCUCCUGAAGGAUCUGAAGAAUCUCCCAAAGGAACUCCUGAAGGAUCCCCCCGAAGGAUCUCCUGAAAGUUCUCUGAAGAAUCCCCCAAAGGAAUUCCUGAAGGAUGUCCCAAAGGAUCUCCUCAAGGAUCUCCGACCUGAGCUGGGCUUUAGCUGCUGUUCCUCUGCUGCCACAAGGAAUUUUGUGAUUCCCUAGAAAUCCUCUUGGAUGGACUCCAGAAUGCCAUGGAGCUCUGGAAAAGGAGAGACCACCCUGAAGUGAUUCCCACACCCUGGAAAUGAAUCCAUCCCAAAAACAAGGUUGGAAGGAGAUUAGGAAUUCUUCAGAGCUGCUUUCACCUCCAGGGUUUGGAGGAUUCCCUCCCACCUCCUGGAUUUUGUUUUAAUCAGGGAUUUUUUUUUUAAUUUUUUUUUUCCUUUGCAAAAGCCAUUAGGUUUGUGAUGUGUGUAUGGAUUUAUGGAAUAUUUCUGUUCGGAUGGACAAUUUUCCCUGGACUCCUCCAAGUGGAUCAACUCUGCUUGUUGGGAGCAAAGCCACAAAUCUGGGGACAGUCUGGGGGGAAUUCACUCCCAGCUGCUGCUGCUCCAAGUUCUCGUUUGGGGUGAGGAAAUCGGGCUCCGAACUGGAUUCACUGGAAUGCUGGAGAAAUGAGGGAUGAAAUCCAGAGAAAUGCCCCAGUCACUGCUGUGUUCCCAUCCCCUGGACACUGAAUCCAGAGGCUUUUCCAGGUUUUUUAGGCAGAUCUCAGAUCAGAUAUUCAGUUCCCAAGCAGGGGAGUUCCUGUAACUCUUCCCUGGCACUUGGAUGGAAAAUCAACGGAAGGAAAAUCAGUGGAUAUCCCCCAGAGCUCUGCUCCCACCCUUUGGAAGCACCCAUAAAACUCCCAAAUCCCAACCCUGAAAUUUUAGGUUUUAAGCUCAGCUUUGUACCCUGAAACACAGAAAUUCCCGUUCUGACUGAAAAAGUAGCAGCAAAUCCCAAAUCCCUCCCCAUCCACCCUCGGGAUCUGCUCCUAAAUCCACCCCUAAAUCCACCCUUUACCCCUCAAUCCAUGCGGGACCAUCCCUCCCCUAACACCAAUCCCUGGAUUUGGGGAAUUUUGCUGGAUUUUGGGAUUUUGCUGGGAUUCAAACAGGCCUGGCUCUGUUUUGGUUCUGUUUGGCACGAAAACCCCGGCGCCUUUGGAAGUCUCAGCCAAGGAUCCGGCGGCGCCUUUGGAAGCCGCAGCCAAGGAUCCAUCCGGGAGCAAUUCCCAUUGUUCGGAGCGUUUUUCUGGGAUUGCCCUGGAUACAGGGCCUGCCCCGCCCAUCCUUGUCUUUAUUGUUGUUUUUAUUUUCUGUCCCUCGAGGGCUCCUCAUGGCCGAGCAUUCCAGGAUGGAAGCGCAGGAUCCGCUGUUUACGGAGCGUUCCCACAGGGAAUGACGGGAUUUGGGUUCUUUGGGAUUUCCGUGUCCUUGCCAGAGCCCUGGUGUGAGGUCACAGAACCCAGCCUGGGAGCUCCCGGGAUUUCUUUUCCAUUAAAGUCACCAUAAUCCAAAAAAAUUCCAAUUUUCAGCCUUCAGGACCCACCACAGGCCCUUCCCCAUUCUGGGAUUUUGGGAUUUAUUCCUCUCCUAAACCCUGCCCCAAAAUCCCACAUCCAGCUGAAGAAUGGACAUAAUCAUUAUCAUGCAAAGUUUAGCAGGGGAAUUCCCCCUUUUCCUUGCAAUAUCCACCCCAAACCCCAUUCCUGCAGAAUAUCCACCCCAAAUCCCAAUCCCUGUGGAAUAUCCAUCCCAAACCUCAUCCUUGUGGAAUAUCCACCCCAAAUCCCAAUCCCUGUGGAAUAUCCAUCCCAAACCUCAUCCUUGUGGAAUAUCCACCCCAAAUCCCAAUCCCUGUGGAAUAUCUACCCCAAAUCCCAAUCCCUGUGGAAUAUCCACCCCAAAUCCAUCUCUGUGGAAUAUCCACUCCAAAUCCCAUUCCUGUGACUCUGACAUCCUUGGGGAAUUUGGGAUUUGGGGUGGGAGCAGCUGGAAGGAGCUUUCUGAGAAGUUCUUCCCCCAUGGGAGCAUCCUGAGGGAAGGAACCCAACCCAAAGCAUCUCGGGAUUGUCCCAUCUUGGAUUUUCAUGGAUAAAUGUUCCUUUGAUGUGGAGAAUGGUUCGUUAUCCCUUAACAAGGCGAGGAGGGGUGGGAGCGGGAAGAGGUGGAAAAACUAAAAUACCAUUAAAAAGAUGGAUGAUGAGUUUGGAGCACCCUCAGUGGGAGGAGUUUGCCCUGAAAUGUUACCAAAACAAGAAAAGGGACAAUUCCCAAAAUUCCUCCUCCA